UUUACACACUCCUGCCUUCUGGCUAUUGUACAAACGAGGUACUCCAUCUCUCAGCUCUGAACAUUUUCACUGGCUCUUCCUCAUGUCCUCAUCUCUCUCUCUUGGCUUCCUUCAAGCUCCAGAUGAAAUCCUCUCUUCCACAGGAAGCGCUUUCUAAUCUCCCAAUUCUAGUGCUUUACCUCUUAUUUCCUAUUUAAUCCUGUGUUAGCUUAUUUGCACAUAUCUGUUUUCUCUCCCAUUAGACUGAGAGCUCCCUGAGGUUAGAGGCUCUUUUGCUUUUCAUAUCCUUAGCAACUAGCACAGUGCCAGGCAGAUAGAACUUUGAUACAUAUUUUUUGUCCCUCCCAGUCCCUGGACCCCCAGCCUCAUUCAGGCAUAGUAUUUUUUGGAACUGCAGAACAAACCGUUGAUCUCUCCACUGACCCAUCAUGCUUCAGAGAAGUCUUUAUGGAAAUCCACACUUACUCAGGAAAUGCUCCCUGAUCUCUCUUCAAAUCAGAGCACUGAGAAAGAGAUGUCCCCUAAGCAGCUGCCCUUUAUGGUAUGGCUAUUGGGAAGUGAGGAAUCAAGGAAGAGUUGACUCCUGGGUAUAUGGCUUUUGGCCUGGGUCUCACUGAUCAAGUGGCCAGCUGGCAUCAUGUGCCCUUUGAUGCCUCCCUCUGCCAAGGUGAUAUACUCCCAGAAAGGGUUUGUGUAUCAGGUGCUAGACACUGAGAGCUGGAACAGCUUUCUAUGGCAAUAAAUGGGGACUGGAAACAUCUAUUUUUCAGAUACAAGGUUCUGAGCACCAAGGUUCUGGCUUUAUUAAAUGCAGGAUCAGAUGAGGGCCAUGCAUGACCGACGGACUUAUGCUGGGUAUUUAAAAGAAAUCCUUGUAUUCACUUUGGUAGUAUAUAUACUAAAGGAAAUCCUUAUGUCAUGGGCCAGGGAGUGGGGCUGAGAGACUUCCCUUUCUGGGUAUAGUUAUUGCCAGAGAUAUGCCACCAUUCCCCUGUGCCCUCUUGCUUUGAAGAAAACAUGGAGUGAGGUUGAGUAAUGUGUAGAGAAAAAUCUGUCUUUUCUUCUCAACUUCAUGGUUCCCUGCCAAGAAAACUACUGGUUCUUUUUCCCUUGCUUAUGUUUUCAUUCCACAUGUAUAUUCUCUGUCAGAAAGACACACCUCAGACGCUGGGAUCUGUGGAUAUAAUGUAUUUUUUUUUUCCUUGCUAAGGUCUUGCUCUUGGGCAGAAAUCUCAGCCCUGGUUUCUUUUAUGGGAUGUAGCUCCCAUUCCUCUAAUGCAGUUCAAGGCCAAGGACCAAGAUCUGAGCUUAAUUUGAGUUGCUCUGGGGCCCAUUUGCUGGAACCAGUGCUAUCCUGCAUCCAAAAUCCAAGUAACAGCCUGUGUUGUAACAGCUCCUUGUCUGUUCCUCCACUACUGCCAGCACGCUGGAGGGCUGUCACAGUUUCACAGGUGUAUCAGGUUAAGCUUAGCUGCACAAUUCGGAAUUCUUGGUCCCUGAAGGUUGAGUUUCAUGGGAUAGUCAGGACGCCUGGCUUCCAGUCUCUUCUGUGCUUCUCUCCACGUCCUCCUCAUCUGUAAAAUGGUGGGUAGGGGAAUCGGACCUGAUUUUCUCCAAGGCCCUUCCAAUUCUAAUAUUCCGUAUUCUAGGGUGCUAUAAAAAUUCAUCAAGAAAUGCUGGCUCUGCAACCAAAAAAACGCUUGGGCAAAGAUGCCCUUUAUCUCGUCAGUUUGCAGGCUUAGUGGACCUGGGGUCGAGAGUCAGGAAUCCAUGGAGCUUGAAAUUGGACACGAACCAAUUCUGUUCUUUGGGAAUUGGACUAGUAGCUCAAUACCGAACCGAGUCGUGGCAGGGGGUACUCCCUGCAGGUUCUCCAGGGCGUUCGUUACGCAUGGAGAGAGCACGCACCGAGGAGGGUGGUGUGGGAUGCUGGUGGCGCGUGCGCGCGCGGACCUCUGCGAGUCCCUGCGCAAGCAUCCUCUGCGGUAGCUGUGGCGCCCUUUCCCUUCCCCUCCCCCAGUUGCCCCCCUUUCCCCAGUACCCCCUUCCCCUUUCAGUGGGCAUCUCCCAGCCCCAGAGGCCAUGGAGACCGAGGUGCCCCGCAUGGACCCCCGCCUCCUCCUUGUCCUCCUCUACGCGGUGAUUCUCCAGGAAUUACUCUGUGGCUGGAUGGAGCUGCAGCGGCAGCGGGCCAAGCCCAAGAAGCAGGCGGGGCCGCUGUGGUCAGCCAGCUUUUCUAGGUCUCGGUCAGGUCGACCUGCUUUCUCUCGGCCGCUGGUGUAUUCUCUGCGCAGGGAGCGGCUGCGGGACUGGCGGAAGGCUGGCAGGAUCAUCCGAAAGGCCUGAGGGAUCCCCCAGUGCUUCCAAGAACCUGCAUGUAGCUUCCCUGGGCCCUGAAGGAGGAUGAUAAGGCCUGGAGCCCAACAGGAAGGCCGUUCAUGUGGAGGAUGAGUUUGCCCAGAGAACAAGGCCCUGCCCCAUUAAAGAAGCACAGACGGUGAUGAUGGAGACGUUCCAGAGGCAGCUAGCCAUGUGGGGCUCAAGUCCUGAUACAAAUGUGAUGAUGUCUGGAGCAGCUCACUGUAAAACUCCUGGAGGAGGGUCAGAGCCCUCCAGUUCUCCAUACCAUGGUGUCCAGAGGCAGGUGUCCUGGUCCUGGGUCCUGGCUGGAGAUUUCCUGAAGCCCGUCUCUCCUGAUGCCCGUGAAUGCAGUCUCCUGACCCUUUCCCCUAGAGCUCUCUCCUCCCUCCACAAUACAGCCUGGGAGCCCCCAGCCCAGGGAGGCUUUGGCAUUUCCUGCUUCCUGAACAGCUGGAACGGCUGGCCUCUUGGGAGGAGGGCAGAGCAGGGGACCAGGGCGCCCUGGGGUGGCUGGCUCAGGGCCUGACAUUGAUCACACAAGGGAAGACAACCUGAAUGGUGUGUCAUCAAGAGCGAUGGAAGGAGGUCAGCCAAGCCCCCGACCUGCCCAGGUUCCCUCAGGGGGCAUGGUCUCCUCACCAGUGAGGGCUGUCAUUCGCUUGCGCCGGAAAUUCCGGAUCUUGCGCAAGAGCCGCCUACGAUCCAACCUCCCUGGGGAGUCGUCCCUGGCUCUCACCCCGUCCCCAUCGCGGCUGCUUCAGAGACAGAUCUCCCUCGACCGGGCCAAGCUGAACAGCACCCCCGGGCCCCACCUCCCCCACCGCAUGAACUUUGAGAAGCCCCAGUAUUUCACCUUCGAGGCCCCCGUGGAAUCGCCCUUCCGGAAGAAGAAGAAGCGCAGUAAAUCUCGGGUUGUGUUGUACCCGGAGAGCUCUCGGAAGUACCUCCCGACCGAGCAGAAGAGCAAGGCCAAACGCUGCCUGCUUCUGCUGGUGGCCAUCGUCUUCAUUCAAAUCCUCAACGCCAUCGAGAACCUUGAUGACAAUCUGCAGAAGUACGACCUCGAUGGGCUAGAGAAAGCCCUGCAGCGGGGUGUGUUUGGCCAGAAGGCCGCCAUGGACAGCAUUAUGGAACUACUGCGGGAUUAUUUGGCCACACACAUCCACAGCCAGCCUCUGGUCAUCUCGUUCAAUGGCCCAAGUGGAGUGGGCAAAAGCCACGUGGGCCGGCUGUUGGCAAAACACUUCCGCUCGGUGAUGGAGGGGGAUUUUGUGUUGCAGUACUAUGUGAUGCAUCACUGUCCAGACCAUCAGGAGGGCCUAGCCUGCCAGCAGGAUCUGUCUGAGAGGAUCACUGACAUGGUGACCCGCGCAGAGGUGGAAGAAAAGAUUCCUGUGUUCAUCCUGGACGAGGUCGAGUUCAUGUCUCCAGGCCUGCUAGACACUUUGCACGGCUUCCUGCAGCCUCGGCAGUCCAAUGAGUUUCUCAAUGCCAUCUACGUGCUCAUCAGCAGUAUUGGCGGCAGCGAGGUCACACGCUUCGUUCUGCAGAACAUCUCCAGCGAGCUGACCCCACAGCGCCGCAGGGAGGAGCUCAGCCAGUCUGUCCACACCCUCCUGGCAAGCACCCACCCGCUCUGGGAGAUUGCUGAGGUGGUCCCUUUUGUCCUGCUAGAGAAAUGGGACAUCAUGAACUGCUUCCUGGAUGAGAUGGUGGGUGAAGGCUUCUACCCUGACCAGAGCCACAUCGAGAGCCUGGCGGGGCAGCUCAGUUACUACAACACCAAGGGAGGGGAGUUUGCUGUCACGGGCUGCAAGCAGGUGGUGGCCAAGGUCAACCUGUUGUAGUGGACACCUCGCUCGUCCUGCACCUAUCCUUGCCUGUCCUCUUCACUCUUCUGUGGAAUUCAAACUUAUUGUGGUAGGGGAGGGCACCAGAGGGCUCAGUGGGUUGCCCCUGUCCUCCUCCAGGCUCUCACAUUUCCUGCCUUGCCUGGCUUAGACAGUGUUCCCAGGCUUAUCCUCAGGAAUACUGCCUCUUGGGAUUUGGGGGAGCCCAAAGUGCUGCUCAUAGAAGGAAGGUCAAGGCCUCUAUUUAUACAUAGGACUUUAUAGCUGCUUCCUCAAAUACUGUCCCCUAGGAUGGGGCAGCAGGCAUCUAGAUUGCUGAUUUCUCUGCGAAGGCAAGACGCAUGAAGGAGUUUCAGGAGCUGAGGGAAGGGCUGGUGCUGAAGGCUGCAGGUCAGACUUGGGGAACUCUUCCCUACACGCCUCCCCCCACAACCUCCUCACUUUCUAAGACUGAUGUUCAACACCUGCUUGAUCACAGUGCCAGAUGUCCCGCCCCACAGAGCACCAAACCAGUUGUGGGUAAUGGAAGGAGAGAUGCUUCCUGAAAGCUUAGACCCUGGGGAGGGGGGUGAUUGUCAAGACUGUGCCAUGGUCUUCAAGAUUCCUAAUAAAUGUCUGCCUGGUCA